UGCAUUGCCCGUCUGUGAUUUAACAUUUGCUGUGGUCGCUGCGACAGGAUUAUUACAUUCCACUUCUCAACCUGUGUGGACUCCUUUUUCCUAGGUGCCGAUGUGAGUGGUUCCUUUGACGCAACCGUAGCUGCAAAUGAAUCUACAGCUGCUUUGGUGUAGUUCAGCGCCCAGAUAGUCCCAUCCCCUCUGUGCGGGCGAUAAACGGGACUACAUAAACCAAGAUGCCAUCCUCCGUGAGGGCAGGGAGCCUGAAGGAUCCGGACGUGGCUGAGCUUUUCUUUAAGGAAGAUCCAGAGAAGCUCUUCUCCGACCUCCGAGAGAUCGGCCAUGGAAGCUUCGGCGCUGUCUACUUUGCUCGAGAUGUGCGAACAAAUGAGGUGGUGGCAAUUAAGAAGAUGUCUUACAGCGGCAAACAGUCUAAUGAGAAAUGGCAGGACAUCAUAAAGGAGGUGAAGUUUUUGCAGAGGAUCCGUCACCCCAACAGUAUAGAAUACAAAGGUUGUUACCUCCGUGAGCACACAGCAUGGCUGGUGAUGGAGUAUUGCCUUGGUUCAGCCUCUGACCUCCUGGAAGUUCAUAAAAAACCUUUACAAGAAGUUGAGAUUGCUGCCAUUACCCAUGGUGCUCUGCAGGGGCUGGCCUACCUUCACUCCCACAACAUGAUCCACAGGGAUGUAAAAGCAGGCAACAUCCUGCUGACUGAACCAGGCCAGGUCAAACUGGCAGACUUUGGCUCUGCCUCCAUUGCCUCACCUGCCAACUCCUUUGUGGGAACGCCAUAUUGGAUGGCCCCGGAGGUGAUUCUAGCUAUGGAUGAGGGCCAGUAUGAUGGGAAGGUGGACGUCUGGUCUUUAGGGAUCACAUGUAUAGAAUUAGCUGAGAGGAAGCCUCCAUUGUUUAACAUGAAUGCAAUGAGUGCCUUAUACCACAUAGCACAGAAUGAGAGCCCCACACUGCAGUCCAGUGAAUGGACGGAUUACUUUAGAAACUUUAUCGAUUCUUGCCUUCAGAAAAACCCCCAGGACAGACCACAUUCUGACGACAUGUUGGGUCACGCAUUUCUGCAACGUGAACGUCCAGAUUCUGUGUUGAUGGAUCUUAUUCAGAGAACUAAGGAUGCGGUGCGAGAGCUGGAUAACCUGCAGUACCGCAAGAUGAAAAAGAUCCUCCUUCAGGAGGCCCAUAACGGGCCCACCACUGAAGUCCAGGAUGGCGAUGAGGACCUGGAGUUGGGCGCAGGUCGAACGGGAACCGUGAACAGCGUUGGCAGUAAUCAGUCCAUCCCCAGCAUGUCCAUCAGUGCCAGCUCCCAGAGCAGUUCUGUCAACAGUCUGAAUGAAGCAGCGCAGGACAGCCGCAGUGAGCUGGACCUGAUGGAAGGAGACCACACGGUCAUGUCCAACAGCUCUGUCAUACACCUCAAACCGGAGGAAGAGGAGAGUCUCUCUGCUGAGCAGGCAGCCAGCAGUCAGCCCACUGAGCCACAACCAGCGCCAGCUCAGGCCCCAAGAAAGCACUACCGCAACAGAGAGCACUUUGCUACCAUACGCACAGCAUCACUUGUGACUCGUGAGAUGCAGGAGCAUGAGCAGGACUCGGAGCUGAGGGAGCAGAUGUCAGGGUAUAAACGCAUGAGACGGCAGCACCAGAAGCACCUGAUGGCCCUGGAGAACAAGCUGAAAGGCGAGAUGGACGAGCACAGGCUGCGGCUGGACAAAGAGCUGGAGAGUCUGAGGAACAACUUCACUCAGGAGAUGGAGAAGCUGCUGAAAAAACACCAGGCGUCCCUGGAGAAAGACCUGAAGACGUUUGCCAACGACGAGAAGAAAUUCCAGCAGCACAUUCAGGUUCAGCAGAAGAAGGAGCUCAGCAGCUUCUUGGAGUCACAGAAGCGGGAAUAUAAAAUGCGCAAAGAGCAGCUUAAAGAGGAACUGAGCGAGAACCAAUCGACUCCCAAAAAAGAAAAGCAGGAGUGGCUGUCCAAACAGAAAGAAAACAUCCAGCACUUCCAGGCAGAGGAAGAGGCCAACCUGCUGAGGAGACAGAGGCAGUACCUGGAACUGGAGUGUCGGCGGUUCAAGCGCAGGAUUCUCAUUGCCAGACACAAUGUGGAGCAGGAUCUAGCUCGAGAGGAGUUGAACAAGCGGCAAACUCAGAAGGACCUGGAGCACGCCAUGCUGCUUAGACAUCACGAGUCGAUGCAAGAGCUGGAGUUCAGACAUCUAGCAACAAUUCAGAGAGCCCGGGCUGAUCUGAUCCGGACCCAGCACCAGACAGAACUCACCAACCAGCUGGAAUACAACAAGAGGAGGGAGAGGGAGUUGAGACGCAAGCAUGUCAUGGAGGUCCGACAGCAGCCCAAGAGUCUGAAGUCCAAGGAGCUGCAGAUUAAGAAGCAGUUCCAGGAGACGUGUAAAACCCAGACCAGGCAGUACAAGGCGCUCAGGAACCAUCUGCUUGAGACCACACCAAAGUCUGAGCACAAGGCCGUGCUCAAGAGGCUGAAGGAGGAGCAGACCAGGAAGCUGGCAAUCCUGGCCGAGCAGUACGAUCACUCCAUCAACGAAAUGCUUUCCACGCAGGCUCUGCGGUUGGAUGAGGCUCAGGAAGGGGAGUGUCAGGUUCUGAGGAUGCAGCUGCAGCAGGAGCUGGAGCUGCUCAACGCCUACCAGAGCAAGAUCAAGAUGCAGACGGACGCACAGCACGACAAGGAGAGGAGGGACCUGGAGCAGAGGGUGUCUCUGAGGAGGGCUCUACUGGAGCAGAAAAUUGAGGAGGAAAUGCUUUCCCUGCAAAACGAGCGUUUGGAGCGGAUCCGCUCUCUGCUGGAGCGCCAGGCCCGAGAGAUCGAGGCUUUUGACUCGGAGUCGCUGCGGCUGGGCUUCAGCAACAUGGUGCUCACCAACCUGGCUCCUGACUCCCAGGGGGGCUGGGGGGGAGGAGGUGGAGGAGGCCAGGGAGGUCAGGGAGGAGGGCAGUGGCCUGGAGGAGGUGGAGGAGGCAGCCACCACAGUCACCAUCACCAGGGGGGCUCUAGCUCGCAGCAGCCCUGGGGUCAUCCCAUGCUGUCAGGUGGCCCACCGCCCUGGAGCCUUCACCACCCUGGAGGAGGGAAUCAGAGAAGUGGUCAGGGAGGUGCGGGAGGGGUGAGGAACAGCCCACAGGCUAUGAGGAGGACGCCAUCAGGAGGGAGGAGUGAACAGGGCAUGAGCAGGAGCACCAGCAUCACCUCUCAGAUUUCCAAUGGAUCUCACCUGUCCUACACCUAGAACACAAGAACUGUCCUUAACUCCUGUUUUAAUGUAAUACCACACACACACACACACACUGCACAGUUCUGAAACUGGGUUUACUUUUCUCCAAUUCUCCCGUCUCCAUGUUUCUCUGGCAGCCGUCUGUGGAAUCCCAGGAGAGUUGAGACUUAACGGAUACGUCUGAGAGCUGUUUCCAUGUGCUGCUGAGCUUUUUGAAUUUUUUAUUUACCACAGGCUGUUUUUCUAACGUAUGUCGCUGUUGCCAUACACCCUCGGUGAGCUCUUCACCAUGGAGUUUAUCAAGUAAGGUUAGAUGUCAGUAAGGUUAUUUUAUGCUCCAGUACGCUGAAUGAGAUGCUUGAAGAUGAGAAUUCAAUAAGUUGUACAGAGAAAAGCUGCUGUAGUAACGAGAAUAUUUACAAAGUAAUCCUUGUCAGGUGCUGCCAAGUUGUUUGUCGUUCAGUAAAUUGGAAGAAUGUUCUUGUGCAGGUAAACGAGAAGGUGGACCGUAAGAUGGUGGAGAAUACACGGAGGGAUAAUGAAAGUCGUUACUUGAGAACCAGGGAGGACGUUUGAACAGCUGUUCAGCUGUAAGUGAUGCUGAUGUUAAGCAGAACAGCUGGAUUAGUAAUAACUGCUGCUGCCAUCAUGCUCUUAACU